AUGACUCAGCCAAUUGGUGAAUUAGGAAAGGAUGUGAACUUUUUUCCGCUCACUGGCUUGCAAUUUGGGAAAUGGCUCUCAGCAUUUCACCUCGAAAAACAAAUAUUCUUAUUUUACCCCAAAAAUAAUACCUUCGUAUUCCUAGCUGUACAUCCUAAAGAAAUUGGCCAAAUAAAUUCGUCGUUUCUAAUGCCCCUUUCAAGAAAACAACUAUUAAAGCAAUUUGGCAAAAAUUCCCCAUUUGCGGCGCCUGCGAAGAGAAAAGAUUCUCUUGAUGCAGAAACAAUUGGGAUUAAUUUGAUCAGCAAAUUAAGUGCAGACUAUGGAGGAGUAAUCGCUUUUGAGGUAGAAUUUGAAGAUAUCGUCGGCCUAGAUUAUUGCAAUACACUUGUUUAUCCUUUUUUUAAUUAAAUAUUAAAAAAUUAUAUUGAAAAAUAAAAAGAAUUGGGCUAGUCUUAGGGAGGAUACUAUGGAAGCAGAAUUGUUAUUGAGGCAAAAAAAGGGAAAAAAAGAUGAUUUUGCAGUGUCAAAGAAUUUUGCAAUUUCUAUGAGAUUUCGACCAAUUUAAGUUAUAAAUCAUCAUUUUAUACGCCAAUUCUUGACUGGAGCAAAACGUAUUUCGCUACAAAGCAAAUGUAUCCUAUUGAAGAAAAUAGGGAUCCUCUAUGGCUCAUUUAAUUAAUAUAUGACUAUAUCAUAAAUUUAAAUACCCAAAUUAUGUAGAUUACAGCCACAAAAUAUACACAGUGUGGAUUAUUUGAAUUAUAAGCGAAUGUUUCUAGAUGUUCCACGGCAGUCAGAAAAGCUACCAGCGGGUGUGGUCCCUAGUCACAGCCGAUGUAUCUCUGAGCAAAGUGAAUAUGAAAAUACCCCUGAUGACAACUUUGAUGGCUUUGACAGAGCCAGAUCUGAAGCUUCAAGCUCUGACUGUGAGUACGAAAUUCACAAAGAUGAAGGAAAAGAAUUCAAAAACAAAACAAUUGUCGCUUAUUUCGAUGACCCAGUUUUCCCAUUCUUUAUAAGAGAUGUCAUCAGGAAGCCGGAAAACAGUAAUUUAUUGAAAAUAGGGCUUUAAAUAUUUUUAAUAUCAAAAAUUGUAAUUUAUUUUUAAAAAAUCAAGGAUGGUUUUUUCGCUUAGCCCUUGAAAAUGUAUGAAAGAGGCAUCCCAUCUUGGGCUGUCUUUUUACCAUCAUACGGUCUGCCAUAUAGACCAUGAAUGAGAAGGUCAAUGGCGCUGAUAAUUUUUUGCUUUUCUCUGAUGACUAUGCUAUUAGGAUUUUAUGACCUUUAUAAGAAUAUUCCAAGAUUGAGAGAAGCAUUGCAUUUAGUUUUUGGAGACUUUUUCGAGAUGUUUGAGGAGGCAAUAGUACUGAGGCUUUCGAUGCUUUUUGGGUAUCUUUUGGCUUCAAGCCAAUAUUUCCAAAGUUUUAUUGGAUUACUUGUGUACCCGUUUCAGAUGGUUUGGUCUAUUGUGAAUUCACUUUUAUACCAAAUUUCUAAAAUUGAUAAAAUUUUAUAGUAAACUUAUAUUUAAUUCCUACAAAAAUAAGCAAAAUCUUGUCAUGCACAUAAUUAUUCUAAAUUAUGUAAGUUUACUGGUAAAAUAUGUCACUCUUGGCAUUUACACAAUAUUGCAAGCUAUUCUUUUCAUUUUUAUCCAGCUAAAAGACUUCACAUUCAUCACAUUUAGUCUCCCAUUCGACAUAAUCUGGGGCAUCACUUAUCUCAUCUGGCAAAUUCUCCGAGAAUCUUACUAUUUCACAACAGGCCUCAUUCUCACCAUCAGAAGUACCACAAACAUCGUCCGAGCCAACAAAGAAGCUGUAGAAGCUGCCAAAUCCUUAAGUAUCCUCAUCAGGAUCAAAAACUCCUGGCAAACCGCUGUAGGAGCUGUAGUAAAAGGAGCCACGUCCAUAUACAACUUUACAGUCUAUUCCUCUAUAAAUCUCUAUAAGCAUAAAGACAGUGCUUGGAUGAGCUGGGAAAAAUACUACAGAAGGAACCAUGCUUUUAUCAGGCUGAGAGUCUUUCAAGUCUUCUCAUUUAUGCUCUUAUGGGCUCUUGUUAAAUACACUUAUCGUCAUUAUUAUACAAGUCAACAUGUGAUAAAUUAA